CCACUCUAAACAUAUGGCAGAAGCUUUCCUUCAAAUUCUGAUUGACAAUAUCACUUCUUUCCUUGAAGGGGAACUUUCAUUGCUUUUCGGUUUUGAAAAUGAGUUUGAAAAUCUUUCGAGCAGGUUUUCUACAAUCCAAGCCGUGCUUGAAGAUGCUCAGAUGAAGCAACUCAAAGACAAGGCGAUUAAAAACUGGGUACAGAAACUCAAUGCUGCUGCAUAUAAAGUUGAUGACAUAUUGGAUGAAUGUAAAUAUGAGGCAACAAAACUCAAUGCUGCUGCAUAUAAAGAGAUGAUGGAGAAACUAGAUGCAAUUGCUAAGGAAAGAACGGAUUUUCAUUUACAUGAAAAGUUAAUAGAGAAACAAGCUGCUAGGCGGGAAACAGGUUCUAUUUUAACUGAACCACAAGUUUAUGGAAGGGACAAAGAGGAAGAUGAGAUAGUGAAAAUCCUGAUAAACUAUGUUAGUGAUGCCCAAGAACUUUCAGUCCUCCCAAUAGUUGGUAUGGGGGGACUAGGAAAGACUACUCUUGCCCAAAUGGUCUUCAAUGAUCAGAGAGUGAUUCAGCAUUUCGAUCCCAAAAUAUGGGUUUGUGUCUCGGACAAUUUUGAAGAGAAGAGGUUGAUAAAGGCAAUUGUAGAAUCUGCUGAAGGAAGGCCACUACUUGGUGACAUGGACUUGGCUCCACUUCAAAAGAAGCUUCAGGAGUUGCUGAAUGGAAAAAGAUACUUACUCGUCUUAGAUGAUGUUUGGAAUGAAGAUCGAGAGAAGUGGGCUAAUUUAAGAGCAGUCUUGAAGGUUGGAGCAAGUGGUGCUUCUGUUCUAACCACUACUCGUCUUGAAAAGGUUGGAUCAAUUAUGGGAUCAUUGCAACCAUAUGAAUUGUCAAAUUUGUCUCAAGAAAAUUGUUGGUUGUUGUUCAUGCAACGUGCAUUGGGACACCAAGAAGAAAUAAAUCCUAACCUUGUGGUUAUCGGAAAGGAGAUAGUGAAAAAAUGUGGUGGUGUGCCUCUAGCAGCCAAGACUCUGGGAGGUAUUUUGCGAUUCAAGAGAGAAGAAAGAGAAUGGGAACAUGUGAGAGAUAGUGAGAUUUGGAAGUUGCCUCAAGAUGAAAGUUCUAUUCUGCCUGCCCUGCGACUUAGUUACCAUCACCUUCCACUUGAUUUGAGACAAUGCUUUACAUAUUGUGCAGUAUUCCCAAAGGAUACCGAAAUGGAAAAGGAAAAUCUAAUCUCUCUCUGGAUGGCACAUGGUUUUCUUUUAUCGAAAGGAAACUUGGAGCUAGAGUAUGUAGGUAAUGAAGCAUGGAAUGAAUUAUACUUGAGGUCUUUCUUCCAAGAGAUUGAAGUAAAAUCUGGUAAUACUUAUUUCAAGAUGCAUGAUCUCAUACAUGAUUUGGCAACAUCUCUGUUUUCGGCAAGCACAUCAAGCAGCAAUAUCCGCCAAGUAAGUGUAGAAUAUUACCCAUAUAUGAUGUCCAUUGGUUUUGCUGAAAUCGUGUCUCCUUACUCUCCUUCUCUCUUGCAAAAUUUUGUCUCGUUGAGGGUCCUUAAUCUAAGUUACAUAGAACUUGAGCAGCUACCGUCUUCCAUUGGAGAUCUUGUACAUUUAAGAUACCUAAACGCGUCUAGCAAUCUUAGAAUUCGUAGUCUUCCAAAGCAGUUAUGCAAGCUUCAAAAUCUGCAGACUCUUGAUCUAUAUAAUUGCCAUUCACUUUGUUGUUUGCCAAAAAGAACAAGUAAACUUGGCAAUCUCCGAAAUCUUUUACUUGAUGAUUGCCUUGGAUUGACUUGUAUGCCACCAAGGAUAGGGUCUUUGACAUGCCUUAAGACUCUAACUUACUUUGUUGUGGGAAGGAAGAAAGGUUAUCAACUUGGUGAACUACGAAACCUGGAUCUCCAUGGCUCAAUUUCAAUCACACACCUUGAGAGAGUGAAGAAGGAUACAGAGGCAAAAGAGGCCAACUUAUCUGCAAAAGAAAAUCUGCACUCUUUAAGGAUGAGUUGGUAUAAAUAUGGACCAUAUUGUUUACUUGAAUCAGAUGUGCUUGAAGCCCUCAAACCACGUAGAUAUGAAUCAGAAGAAGUUAAAGUUCUUGAAGCCCUCAAACCACACCCCAAUCUGACUUCUUUAACAAUCAUUGGCUUCAGAGGAUUCCGUCUCCCAGACUGGAUGAAUCACUCAGUUUUGAAAAGAGUCGUCUCUAUUAUAAUUGAAGGUUGCGAGAACUGCUCAUGCUUAUCACCCUUGGGUGAUUUGCCUUGUCUAGAGAGCCUAGUGUUAGCAAAUGGGUCUGGGGAGGUGGAGUAUGUUGAAGAGGAUGAUGUCUCCACAAGAAGAUGGUUUCCAUCCCUGAGAAAACUUAGUAUAUGUAACUUCCGUAAUCUGAAAGGAUUGCUGAAAAAGGGAGGAGAAGAGCAAUUCCCUGUGCUUGAAGAGAUGAAUACUGAUAAUUGCCCUAUGUUUGUUUGUCCGACCCUUUCUUCUGUCAGGAAAUUGGAAAUUUUUGGGGAGGCAGAUGCAACAAGUUUGAACUCCAUAUCCAAUCUUUGCGCUCUUACUUUCCUCCACAUUAGCAGUAUCAUCAAAGCCACUUCCCUCCCAGAAGAGAUGUUGAAAAGCCUUGCGAAUCUCAAAUACUUGAAAAUCUCCGGCCUCUGCAAUCUCAAAGAGCUGCCUAGCAGCCUGGCUAGUCUCAAUGCUUUGAAGAGUCUGGAUAUUGAAAGUUGUUAUGCACUAGAGAGUCUCCCCGAGGAAGGAGUGAAAGGUUUGACUUCACUCACAGAGUUACCUAUUUUUUGCUGUGAGAUGCUAAAAUGUUUACCGGAGGGAUUGCAGCACCUAACAACCCUCACAAGUUUAAGCAUUAGUCGCAGUCCAACACUGGAAAAGCAGUGUGAAAAGGAAAUAGGAGAAGACUGGCACAAAAUUGCUCACAUUCCUAAUCUGAAACUAUAUGAGUGA